GAACAACGAGCCGAAUCGAUAUUCAGUUUCGCGCGAUACGAAUUCUUAAUAAAGCCAAAAAAUAUGGCUAAAUCGAGUCUCUGCUUGUUGGCCCUCCUGGCCAGCGUGCUGGCGGCCGUUAUCGCCGAGGAAAUGUACUCGGAUAUGUUCGAUCAUAUCAAUCCUGAUGAUAUCUUGCCCAAUGAUGAGCUACGAAAUCAGUAUUACAACUGCUUCAUGGACAGAGGCCCAUGCGUGACAGAGGACCAGAAAUUUUUCAAACAGCAUGCCGCUGAAGCAUUCGCGACGAAAUGUCGAAAGUGCACGGAAACCCAGAAGAAGAACGUAGAGAAGAUAGUCGUGUGGUACACCGAGAAUAGGCCGGAUGAAUGGCAGGCGAUGGUGCAAAAGCUCAUGGACGAUGCGAAGAAGUUGAAUAUUACCCCUGUCGACUGAUGCUACGAUGGAACGAAUCCCAACGUAUUAGCGCCUUCCAAACUCUUGUACAUCUAAUUAUCUAGCAAUAAGUAACAAAUAAUUAAAAAGAAAAGCAAUUUUAUGUCCUCAUGUGUAGUUCUCGAGGAUGCAUAGCUGCAAUAUAUGAAUGAGCACAAUAUAGUAGACGAAAUAAAAAAAUACAGUGUACACAUAUGAUUUUAACUGACAAUAAAAGCCACUUGGUGAAAAUUA